AUGAACCAGGGUAAACACGCGGACAUCCCGGCGAAAGAACCACAGGUUAAUCUCUUUUUUGACAAGGGAGAGGACAAGGGAUUAUUCGGCGUGACUCAAAUUGGUGCAAACCACCGCAAAAGGCACAUGCACCAAGGGCCUCCAUCCAUAGCGGGCAACCACGGGCCAGACGCUGCUACCCGACUCCAGGACUCUUGCAUCGCCAACCUAAAAGUGGUAGAAAGAGCCCUCUGGGUGAACUUGAACUGUACCUAUAAUUUCGACACCGCAGCACAGCCCCAGACACAUGUGGUUCAAGCAUCUACCGCCACAGCUCAGGAACCUGAGCACGGGCAGUGUCCUAACGUUGACGACGUAACCAAGUCCAGUGAGCCGAACCGUUACGAUCCGCCAGGAGCUUGCCGUCCAGCGCUAUCCUCGAGCGGCCAAGCGAGAGCCAAGCAUUUGCCAAGAUCCCAAGCCAGUGACAUCACCAGAAUGACCCGCAAGAAGUGUGGCGCAUUAACCAUGAAAUGA